AUGGUGUCCAGCAAGUUUUCUCUCGUCGCCACGGCUGUUGCAGCCCUAGCUCCCCUGGCGUCUGCUUUCGAUGCCUCCUCAAGAUCCAACCUUGCCGUCUACUAUGGUCAAGGUCCUGACCAGCUCCGUCUGAGCCACUUCUGUCAGGAGACCUCCUUGGACAUCAUCAAUAUUGGUUUUAUCAACUAUUUCCCCGAUAUGAGCCCUGGAGGAUGGCCGGGCUCCAACUUUGGCAACCAGUGCGACGGUUCCACCUACGUUACUAAAGAUGGCGUUAAAACCAAGUUGCUGUCCGGCUGUCAUCAGAUCAUGGAGGAUAUUCCCAUCUGCCAGGCGGCUGGUAAGAAGGUCCUGCUGUCCAUUGGUGGUGCCUAUCCCGCAGACCAGAGCAUCCUCUCCGAGAAGACUGCCAAGGCGUUCGCCACUUUCCUGUGGGGAGCUUUUGGCCCAGUCGCUGAGGGUUGGGAGGGUCCUCGUCCCUUAGGGAAUGUCGUCGUUGAUGGUUUCGACUUUGACAUCGAGCACAACGGUGGUUUUGGCUAUGCCACCAUGGUAAACACCUUCCGUGAGUAUUUCAACCAGGUGCAGGACCGCAAAUUCUAUCUCUCGGCUGCUCCUCAGUGUGUCCUCCCCGAUGCCCAGCUCGGUGAUGCGAUCACGAACUCCGCCUUCGACUUCAUCUGGAUUCAAUAUUACAACACCGCUGCUUGCUCGGCCAUGAGCUUCGUCGACAACACUCUCGGAUCGUUCAACUUCGACGCCUGGGUGACCACCCUCAAGACGACUGCCAGCCGCAACGCCAAGCUCUAUGUUGGUCUGCCGGCCAGUCCGACUGCAGCCAACGCGGGUUACUACCUUACUCCCAAGCAGGCGGAGUCCCUGGUUUCCACCUACAUGCGCCGGUACCCCGACACCUUUGGAGGUAUCAUGCUUUGGGAGGCUACCACAUCCGAGAACAACAAGAUCGAUGGCUCCACCUAUGCCGACCACAUGAAGGAUAUCCUUUUGGACUGUGACCCAAGCCCUCCCGUAACCUCCUCCAGCGCUAUCCCAUCGAGCACUCCGGUGACUUCGGCCACACCUUCGCCAUCAAGCAGUGCUGUUCCUUCCAGCACCCCUGCCGUCUCUGUGACCCCAUCGCCGUCUAGCAGUGCCGUUCCUUCCAGCACCCCGACUCCUUCUAGCACCCCUGUCAUUCCUGGAACAUCUGCUUCGAGCAGCCCUGUCUCUUCAAGCAGCGCCGUUGUCUCGAGCACGCCCGUUUCGUCCAGCACCCCGGUCAUUCCCGGAACAUCUGCUUCRAGCAGCCCUGAUUCCUCGAGYACCCCAGUUGCCUCGAGCACUCCGGCUUCGUCCAGCACCCCGGUCAUUCCCGGAACAUCUGCUUCGAGCAGCCCUGAUUCCUCGAGCACCCCAGUUGCCUCGAGCACUCCGGCUUCGUCCAGCACCCCGGUCAUUCCCGGAACAUCUGCUUCGAGCAGCCCUGAUUCCUCGAGCACCCCAGUUGCCUCGAGYACUCCGGCUUCGUCCAGCACCCCGGUCAUUCCCGGCGGCUCAUCCUCUUCUAGCGAGCCAGUCGCUUCGUCGACUCCUCUGAUUACCUUGACAUUGACCGUUUCGCCUACGCCCGCGCCCAGCUCAUCCUCCGCCUCCGGCACCCCCUCUACGAGCAAGCCUGUCAUCCCCAACACUUCGUCGACCUCGGGACAGUCCAGCGCCCCUGUUCCUUCCAGUGCUUCUGCCACCGGCUCUACGAGUGUCCCCGGCACCAGCUCGGGUGCGGUCGGCCAGUCAGGCUCCAGCUCCACCGGUGUGGCCAGCUCUACCCAGACUGACGUCGGCACUUCCCCAUCGCAAACCGCCGGCCAAUCGACAACCGUCACUGCCACCACGUCCUCGUCUUCCUCUUCCACCGACAAGAGCUCUACUACUGUCGGCAACGGCAAUGGCAGCGGAUCGACAACCACUACCGCUGCGACCGGCUCCAUCACCGCCGUGCCUACCGCCAGCUCUUCAGUCGCCGCUACGGGUGCCAGCUCGGAGCCUGUGACCAUCACCACUGUUAUUGUGACUUCCUACAUCGAUAUCUGCCCUACCGGCUUCACCACUGUGACCACUACGUACACAACCACAUACUGCCCGGGUACUAACACUGCAACCGCCACGGCCACCGUUACAAACCCUCCAGCUGGACCCGGUGGAUCCGGAUCGCAAACCCCCGCUCCCACUGUUCCCGAGGGCUGGACCACCACUGUGACCGUCUGCACUCAGUGCGCUGCCAAGCCAACCACCGUGACGUUGACGCUGCCUGUGACUGCCAUCCACACUGAAACUAAGUCGACUUCGACCGGCGUCGUGCCCGCACCCCCUGCCGCUACUGGCGAGGGAUCGAAGCCCACCAAGCCAUCGGGUGUUUCCCCCACCGGUGGUGCCGGCGGCUCUUCUGAAGGAGAGGUUCCUCCCCCAGCCGUGACUCUGGUCAGCACGAGCACCGACAUCGUGACGGUGAUUCGUCCCACUUCGAGCCACCCCGUGAUCCUCGGUACUGGCGCUGUCCGCCCUUCGUCGACGCUGGCCGUUAAGCCAUCGGCCAAGACAUCGGGUCAAACUUCUCACGUGCCCAUUCCUCCUAGCAGCACUCAAGAAGGUGUGUCGCCCUUGUCUACCGGUGCUGCCUCGCGCGUUGCUGGACUGGGCCACGGCUUGGUCCUCAUGGUUCUCGCCCUGUCUGCAUUCUUCGUCUUGUAA